UAUUUCAGCAUACCUCAGGGUGUAGGUGUAAUUUACACUAAAUUAAAUUCCAAUUUUAAGACUGUAUCCAAUAAUAAUAAUAAAUCUAGAAAAUGUUUGUAUAAAGAGAGAAGAACCAACGUUGCAUGUUUUGUACACACUGUCUCAAUUCUUGUUCUUCUGUCUUUCUUGAUUAUCUAAACACAAAGUAUAUAUAUACACCUCCCACUGUGUGUAUGUGUGUGUGAGAGAGAGGGAAGAUCUAGAGAGAGAAAGAGAUGGGUGGUGAAGACUCCACACCAAGAAAGCAAGCUUUCCCACAGAGCCAAAUGAAGUACAAAUUCAAGAUACUACUCCUCAUCGUACUCACGAAUCUGCUCACCUUUUACAUCUUCACCGGUAAUAAUUCUUACUCGAAUUUCCAGAACCCCAUUUCAAGAAUCUCCGGCGGCGGCGCGUGCGACUCCGCCGCCGCCGCCCUCAUCCUGAAACUCAACGCCACCAUAGACGAACUCGCCGCCAGCCGCUCCGAAAUCUCCCAGCUGAGGAAACAGCUCAAAUCCUCCCACUCCCAAACGGAGGAGCUCAUAAACGAACUCUCCCAGCUCAACGCCGCCGUCGAACGAGCCGCCGCCGCCUCAGACAGGCCGACGACGGCGGCGACGAAGUCCACCUUCGACAACCUCCUCGCCGACGUCUCCGACGAGGCCAAGUUCGCCGUCGGCCCGCACAAACUCCCACUCGGGUACAACCCGCGGAUGGGCUCCGACGAGAUCUACUUCUCCGUCGGCGGCGGCUGCCUGAACCACAAGGAGGACCUCGAAAAAUACAUGUCGUACCAAGUCGGCGGCGAGUGCCCCGUCGACGACUCGCUCUCCCAGACGCUCAUGCUGAUGGGGUGCGAGCCCCUCCCGCGGCGGCGGUGCCACCCCAAAUCUCCGGCGAACUACGUGGAGCCCAACCCACUCCCGAAAAGCCUGUGGGCCACACCCCCGGACACCAGCAUAAUCUGGGACCCUUACACGUGCAAGAACUACACGUGCCUAACCAACAGAAGAAAAACCCCAGGCAUCUACGAUUGCAAAGACUGCUUCGAAUUGGACGGCAGAGAAAAAACCAGGUGGCUGUACGACAACGGCGGCCUGGAUUACGGGAUAGAUCAGGUCCUCGAGAUGAAGCCACGUGGCACAAUCAGGAUCGGGCUGGACAUCGGGGGCGGGUCGGGCUCAUUCGCGGCCCGAAUGAGGGAGAGGAACGUGACUAUAGUAACGACUUCGAUGAACUUCGACGGGCCGUUCAAUAGCUUUAUUUCGUCCCGGGGUUUGAUUUCGAUGCACGUGAGCGUUUCGCAGCGGUUCCCGUUCUUCGAGAACACGUUGGAUAUCGUUCACUCGAUGCACGUGCUGAGUAACUGGAUACCGGAUACGAUGCUGGAGUUCACGCUGUAUGAUAUUUACCGGGUUUUGAGGCCGGGUGGGCUUUUUUGGCUGGAUCGGUUCUUCUGCUUCGGGUCGCAGCUGAAUUCGACUUAUGUGCCGAUGUUCGACCGGGUCGGGUUCAGGAAGUUGAGGUGGAAUACUGGGAUGAAGGUGGACCGUGGGUUGGAUAAGAAUGAGUGGUAUUUCUCUGCUCUCUUGGAGAAGCCCAUGACUUAGAUUUUCUUUUUUUCUUUUUAAUGUAGUCAUGUUGUUUGUUAUGAAAAAUUUCUUGUUUUUUUUUUUUUUUUUUUUUUUUAACAGUGUCAUAAUUGAAACAGAUUAAUUGAGCAAGUUGCGGCAAAUAUGGAUUUGUCAUUUUGCUGAAAUCAUGCUUUAAAGUCUUUGUUUGAUUUUCUUUUAUUAAGUCAUUGAAAAGA